GACCCGCUUCCGAUCCAAGGAUGAAGGCGAGAAGAAAUAAAAAACAGGUCCCAAGCUUCCGGAAAUUGAUAAAGACAAGUAAAGUCAAACUUGAAAACAAGCUAAAAAACAAGCAGUUUAAACAACAAAGUACUCUCAAGAAGUACCGUAAAGAACAGAGGAAAUUAAAGCAAGCUGUAAAAGAUGCUGUAUCUAAAAGACCCAUUCCAUUGGAGGACCCAAAGGAAAAACGACCAGGCAAAAGGAUCCAGUGGGAAGAGGAGGAAGAAGAGGAAGCCCUUCCUUUAGACAUGAUGGAUGAAGAUGACUUACAGUUAAUGAAGGAUUUAGGACAAAGAGCAUCAUUUCUAACAAGAGAUCUUUCUUCUAGUGAGCCUGUUCAUGCCAAGAAACGAAAGCAUGAGAGUGUUAUAGAUAAAUAUGAAAAAAUACCAAGAACUCUUCAAACUGCACCAGAGAAGGAACUGAUUCACUUACUUCCUAUCAAAGACAAAAGUGGAAUAAUCCCACAGACUAGGGAGAAGCCAGUUAUUGAAAAUCAAGAUGAAGAGGACAAAGAAGAGAUGGAACUUGAAGAAGAGAUCAUUGAAGAACCCAUUAGAGAACUGACACUAGAGGAGCACUUAAUUGAAAGGAAGAAAAAACUACAGGAAAAGAAAAUGCAUAUUGCAGCCUUAGCAUCUGCAAUAUUAUCAGAUCCAGAAAAUAAUAUUAAAAAAUUGAAAGAAAUACGUUCCAUGCUCAUGGAACAGGAUCCUGAUGUGGCUGUUACUAUUCGAAAGCUGGCAGUAGUUUCUCUAAUGGAGUUAUUUAAAGACAUUACUCCUUCAUAUAAAAUACGACCCCUAACAGAAGCAGAAAAAUCUAUUAAGAUCCGCAAAGAGACUCAAAGGCUAAGAGAAUUUGAAGAAGGCUUAGUUAGCCAAUACAAGUUUUAUUUGGAGAACCUGGAACAAAUGGUUAAAGACUGGAAGCAAAGAAAACUGAAGAAAAGUAAUGUGGUUUCCUUAAAGGCAUACAAAGGAUUGGCAGAGGUGGCUGUGAAGAGUCUGUGUGAACUGUUGGUGGCGUUACCUCAUUUCAACUUUCACAACAACAUCAUUGUAUUGAUUGUCCCUCACAUGAAUGAUGUGUCAAAAUCGAUAUCUGAAAUGUGUUGUGAGGCAGUCAAGAAGCUCUUUAAACAAGAUAAAUUAGGCCAAGCUUCCCUCGGUGUAAUCAAAGUGAUAUCUGGAUUUGUGAAAGGCAGAAAUUAUGAUGUUAGACCAGAGAUGUUGAAAACAUUCUUGUGUCUAAGAAUCAAGGAAAUCGAAGUGAAAAAAGAUACCGAGGACAUUAAUAAACCAAAAAAAUUCAUGACUUUUAAGGAAAAGAGAAAAACUCUAUCAAGAAUGCAGAGAAAGUGGAAGAAAGCAGAAGAGAAACUGGAACGAGAACUUCGGGAGGCAGAAGCUUCAGAGAGUACGGAGAAAAAACUUAAACUGCACACAGAGACUUUGAACAUUGUGUUUGUAACAUACUUCAGAAUACUGAAGAAGGCCCAGCGGUCACCUCUCCUGCCAGCAGUACUAGGUCUUGCCAAGUUUGCUCAUCUUAUCAAUGUGGAGUUCUUUGAUGAUUUAUUAAUAGUUCUGCAUUCUCUCAUUGAGUCUGGUAACCUAAGCUAUCAAGAAAGUUUUCACUGUGUCCAGACUGCUUUUCAUAUACUUUCUGGGCAAGGUGAUGUUCUGAAUAUCGAUCCAAUGAAAUUCUAUACACAUCUUUAUAAAACACUGUUCAAGCUACACGCAGGUGCUACCAACGAAGGUGUUGAGAUUGUGCUCCAGUGCCUUGAUGUCAUGCUAACCAAGCGCCGAAAGCAGGUUUCUUUGCAGCGAGCUCUUGCCUUCAUCAAGCGCCUCUGUACUCUUGCUCUUCAUGUUCUUCCAAACUCAAGCAUUGGCAUUUUAGCAACCAACAGGAUAUUGAUGCAUAUCACUGUAGAACUUUUUGAGAUUUACAGUAUGGCAGCAAUGACAUUCAAUCCUCCUGUUGAAUCUUCAAACACCAAAAGGAAGGAUAAAGCUUUACCAGGGGAUUCAUUACUGAAUGAAGAUUUAAAUCAGCAAAUCAAAAGACAUUGCAAUGAAGUUGAUACUCAUUUCCCUCUGGAUUUUGCCAAAUAUUUGAAAACAUCCCUACAGUAGUAGAAGAAUGAAGAAGUGGACUUUCUUGUAUAUUUGUGUGUUUGUACAGAAGAUAUACUGUUCAUGUGGGACUUUUUUUUUCCAAGAGAAAAUCUUUAAGAAAUAAUGGAGGAGGAAGAAUUACCCUUUGGGUAUAGGAGGUUUCCAUCCCAAUUCAGAAAAAUAUUAUUUUGUUUAGAAAGAAGAAACUUCUCCCUACCUCUGUUUAUGCAUUUCUUCUCUAUUCUGAUUUUUUUAAAUUAAAAAUUCAGUAUACAUAUCAAGUGAUAGCUUUUUCCAAAGGUUCUUUGGAACAGAACUUACUAAAAUUAU